GAUCUGGAUCUGAUCUGAAUGAAUACUCGAAGUUGUUCGGUUAUUAGUUGCUUUUGUUUAUGUCGUUUUUUGUUGUGAGAUACGCGUCAAUUAUUGAAAACUAUUCAAUAGUGCCAUAGUGCAGAGUUUUUAUUUUGUGCUUGUCAACAUUUCAAGAACUAGCAAUGGGCGACAGAGUGUUUGCAGCAGAAAAAAUAAUGAAAAAACGAUCGAGAAGAGGGCGGACAGAAUACUUUGUCAAGUGGAAAGGAUGGAGCCAAAAGCAUAGUACGUGGGAACCAGAAGAAAACAUUUUGGAUGCUAGGCUCAUAGACAUUUUCGAGCAAAGCCAACAGAAAACCAGCCAACAACACAAGCGGGGACCAAAGAAAAAAGAAUCAAGAUCACAACAGGCAGCUGCGAGUGAUCCUACCCCUGAGGUGGAGGAGACGGAAGAUGUGGCGGGGGGAGAAGGAGAGACUGUAGAUGAGCCGAGCAAACGGACAUCAGCAGAACAUGGACAGGAGGAGGAAGCGGACACUGCACAAGGUUCGUCAGAAGCGGCAGAGCCUGCUGCGGUGGACGGGAAGGAAGCCGCAGGGGACGGUGAGGUGGACAGUGGGGGGGUUGGCGGGGGAGGCACCAAGAGAAAGGCGGAGGUGUUGUCCAAGGAGUCAGGCAAGAUAGGAGUGACUAUCACUACGAGUAGUCCUCCUCUCAAAGUGGCCAAACUUAUGAGUCCUGGACCUCUUUCUCCAACACUGGGUCAGCCAGCCAAGGUACAUAGAAAGUCAUCAAGUACAAGCCCACGCAACAGUGGAGGACUUCCAGCAGACGAGAGCACUCCCACUCCUGCCUCUCCUCCUCCCAACACUUCCCCUCCCUCCCGGGCGCUCAAGUCUCCCCCGCCAACCACCCCUGCAGCAGCACCAGCCCCCGCACAGUCUACUCCGUCUGUGCCUCCCGCCACACCUGCCUCGGGUCAAACUAGCGGAGAGAAAAGAACGGACCCAGUACUCUGCCCUGUGAACACCCAAAGUCCUCAGGUGGGCGUAGGAGGAGGGGCGGCAGCUACGUCUCCAGUUGUGGUUCGUGCUGAAGAGCCUCCCUCGGAUCCUCCCCUGGUGAACGGACAUCCUGGAGGCCAAGGGGAGGGGGAGGAACAGCCACAGGUGUUUGUCAGUCACAUUUUGACAAAUCCCGGCCCCGAGUACUGGCGCCAGAGAAAUCCACUGGCUGAUGAAAUCUUCAUAACUGACAUCACGGUGAACCUGGAUACAGUCACCAUCCGAGAGUGCAAGACGGAGAAAGGAUUCUUCCGCGAGAGAAGCGACAGUAAGACCACACAGGAUUGCUGAUAUGUCAAAGGCAGUGGAAGUAUUCUUCUUACGUAGGCUUUUGCGGCCGGUGUCAUAAGAGUGCAUGGAAUUUUUGUUGUUACUACUAUACCAUCGCUAGACGUUUCGGCCUUACUAUGAAGUGGCAUCCUCAGUGGCUAGGCGAUAGUAUAGUAGUGAUGACGCGGUUGAUGCCGAAAAAUUCCAUGAACUCCAGUGGAAGUAUUGCUCACAUGUCUGAUCCAUGCACUACUUUCAUAUGACUGUUAUGAGUUUGUAUAAGAUGUCAAAAUAAUAUGCAACCCUUUUUAACUUGUACAACAAUGUUGAUAGGGAUAUAGUUAAAAUUGUCAAGAUUUUUGGAAUUUUAUGAGUUGUAAACGUUAUAUAGAUUAACACUUAAGAGUGCUGAAAACCUAUCGAAGCCCCGGCAAUCAGGGAAUCAGGGGAGACAGGAUUUUACAGGAAAUUUUAGUACCAACAUACACCAAUAUAAAGCUCAAAAUAACGUUCUCCGGCAUGGGCUGAGCUCAUACUAAACUAAUGUAGUAGGAGUGACGCGACUACAUCAGAUGAAGCCUGCACUCAACGUGCUAAGAAAUGAAUUAAUUAAGAAAUAAGGAUGAGUUGGAGAUGAAAUCAAGGUAUAUAAAAUCAUUAAAUAAAACUGUAUGGAAAGGUAUAGCCAAUGUAAAAU